AUGCAAAGACUGGUCGAGCCCAUUGUGUCGCAGGCUAUCAACAUGUUCACCUCUGCAUAUGCCGGCGGUCUUUACUUCGAUUAUGUCCCAGUCAUUUAUUCCAAACAAACACACUCUCAAUCGCUGGAGUCAAGCUUUAAAGCUGUAGCUUUGGCAUAUAUGGCUAGCGAAACAAGAAAUAAAGAAGCUUUACGGCUUGCUCGACAGGCGUACGGCGAGGCUCUGUCCCAAACAAAUGCCUCUUUACAAGACACUCAAGUGGCCACAACAUUGGAGACGUUGAGCUCUGUCUUGUUACUAUCCUUGUUCGCUGUCAUAUCAGCAAAUUCUGCCGGAGAGAUCCAGGGGGCCUGGACCAACCAUGUUCAGGGGGCUUUUGCAAUUUUAUCUCAGACACCACCAGAAACUUUCAACAGCCGCCCGGGUCAGGAUAUCCUCAGUCACAUAACUUCUCUUGUACAAAUCGACUGCAUACAACGAGAGGUUCCAUUUCCUCCACAACUGCGGUCGCUUUAUUCAGCAUCCUGGUUGAAUCAAGGCCCCCAGGAGCAAUUUUGGGCUGUGGUGGAGCAGGUCGCAGAUGUCAACUCACGAAUCAAUGAGCAGGAUAUAUCUUACCUUUACCUAUCAAAGUUAUGGAGUAUAGAUUCAAAGAUACAAUCCUUACUCAGCUCUAUGCCAGAUGCCUAUGGUGGUAGCUUCGCCUUCGAAGCCACCAUGAGUCAAGAAUGGACCCGCGGAACUGAGGAUCUUGACACCGCUAUUCCGUUUCAUAAGUUUACUCAUUUCCGGUGUGCCCAGACUUGGAAUAUCUUGCGAAUGCUACGAUUGUUCAAUUUGAAUCUCAUUCUGUCUGCCACGGAUCUUUAUCUGGAACAAAGGCCGAAUAUCUCUCAAGAUAUCAUGGAGUCCUUAAAAUUUUCGAUCUCGAAUCACCGCCACGUGUCUCGACAGACCGUGGUAGACAUAUGUGCCACUAUUCCGGAUAUUCUAAGAUCAAAUAGUCAAGCAAUAGAAAGGUGCUCGCACGUGCAGAACUCUACAUGGGCACGUUCUCUAUUGUGGCCUCUGUGCAUUGCCCGGGAAUCCGUGGGGUGCACGCAGAAGUUGAGGGAAUAUAUAGAUGGGCAGAUCCAAACCAUCCAAGCAGCGACCGGUUUACCUGUCUUGAUAAACAAAAAAAGCCUGAGCUCAUCUUCCGAGCCUACCGCAUUGAUAAAAUGGUGA